AUGCCGAAGCGUCGGAAAGUCACGUCCGCCAUUGUAGCUGAAGAAGAGAGAAGGACGCACGUGAUCAACAUAGAUGGGUACUCAAGAACCAAGGAGCUGCUCAAGGUCGGCGACUGUACCACAUCCAUCCCUUUCAUGGUGGGAGAUCAUAACUGGGUCGUCAAGUAUUACCCAAACAGCAAUGACAAACCAGGUCACAUAUCUGUUUAUCUGGUUCUUGAUUCGGCGGGUGGCGAAGGCGUAAAGGCCAAAGUCACCUUCAACAUCCUUGACAAGGGUGGAGAACCAGUGCCUUCAUAUGUCAAAGUCGCCCCGGAACAUGUGUUCCCAUACAGUGGUUCAGAUUGGGGUUUCGGUGAUUUUAUCAAGCAUGAGGAUUUGGAGGGAUCGGUGCAUCUAGGAGGCGAUAGUUUUAGAAUCAAGUGUGAUGUGGCCGUGAAGAAGAUCCAUAACGAAGAGACACAUGCAAAUCAGUUUGUUGUGGUUCCUCCAAGCAACUUGCAUCACCAUUUCGGUGAGCUCCUGAAAAGUAAGGAUGGAGCAGACGUGGCCUUUCGAGUUGGUGGCCAGGUAUUCGAGGAUCAUAGGUCCGUGCUCGCUGCUCGUUCGCCGGUCUUCAAGGCAGAGCUCUUUGGUACCAUGAGGGAGAGAUCUGGUGAUCCUAUUGAAAUUGAUGAUAUAGAAGCAGGUGUGUUCAAGUCCUUGCUCCAUUUCAUCUACACGGACUCACUCCCUGAGACGACUCAUGAAGGAACCGAUGAAGGCGCAACGCACGAAGAUAUAGCAACAACUGGCCAUCUACUUGUAGCGGCAGAUAGAUACGACAUUGCGAGGCUCAAGCUGAUAUGUGAGGAGAUAUUGUGCAAUCACAUUGACUCCAGCAUGGUUGCAACUAGUUUGGUUUUGGCUGAGCAGCAUAAUUACCAUGGACUCAAGGAGGCUUGCUUUGAGUUCCUUGCUUCUCCGUCCAAUUUGGAAGCGAUGAUCGUAAGUGAUGGUUACCAACAUCUAAAAAGUAGUUGCCCAUCUCUUCUGCGAGAGCUGAUUGCUAGACUCUUGCCUGUUGAGCUGACAGCAGCCAAGGAUAUUAUCAGGGACAUUUAG